AUGGAUCACAAGUGUCAGUUCCUGCAGACUAAAAAAAACAAGACCACUUCACCUACCCAGUUUUAUCUUUUUACCCCGUUCGUUUUCUUUCUUUUUUUCUUUCUUUCUUUCUUUCAUUCUUUCUUUCUUUCUUUCAUUUUUUUCUUUUUUUUUUUUCUUUCUUUCUUUCUUUCUUUCUUUUCAUUCAGCUCUAAGACAUUCUAUUCGCAUUUUUUUAUUCUUGCUUUCUCCUUCAAUUUUUCUUUCUUUUUGUUUUAUUGUCUUUUUCCAAUUGUUUCUUGUGUCGCUUCUCAUACACAUUUUCCUUCAUUCUUUUUGUAUUGUUGUCCAUAUUCCACUAACUACUACUACUUCUUUUUCACCUACUAUUUCCCUUCCUCCUUCUCCUCUUCUCCUACUCCUGCUUCUUCUUCUACUCUCCUUCUCCUCCUCAUCCUUCUCCUCUCCUUCUCCUCCUCUUCCCCGCCUGCUGUUGCUUCUUCUUCUCUCCUCCUCCUUCCUCUUCUUCAUCUGCUUCUCCUCCCCUUCUUUAUCCUCUCCUUUUCCCUCCUCCUUUUUCCUCCCCCUCUUCCCCUUCUGCUUCUUCUUUCCUCUUCUUCUUCUUCUUAUCUCUUUCCCCUCGUCUUCCUUCUACUUCUUCUCCUCCUCCUCCUCUUUUCUUUAUUCUUCUCCUUCACCUCCUCUCCUUCUUCUUCUAUUCCCCCUCCUGCUUCUUCUCCCUCCUUCUUCUCCAUUACCUCCUUCUCCUUCUUCUUCUCACUUCCUUCUCUUUCCUCUCUUCCUCCCCUUCUUCUUCUUCUUCUUCUCCCCCUCAUUCUUCUCCUUCUCCUCUUCCUCCUCCUCCACCUACUUGUUUUUUUAUCUCAAGGGCUACAUCUUCUUCAGCUUAGAAGUUUUUUUUUUUGUAUUUGUUGUUCGUUUUUCUUCUUCGUUAUUCGUCUCAAUCUUCAUUUUUCUGUAAUUCUUAUCUGUUUGUUUCUCCAUCAUCUAUCUAUCUAUCUAUCUAUCUAUCUAUUAAAUUCUGUUCAUCAUCUGUAUUUUUAUGCCUGUCUGUUCAAUAUCUAUCUAUCUAUCUAUCUAUCUAUCUAUCUAUCUAUCUAUCUAUCUAUCUAUCUAAAUCAAUAG